AUGCUUAUUGAUUAUUGUACCAAAUGUAUUCAAAAUUCACUAUACCGCUAUCGCAAAGCAUCUUUUAAUUUGAAUCUACAUAGUAAUGAUAGUUACAUCAGAUUGAACAAUCCCCUUGUCAGUAAUUAUUCUGUACAGCCUCCUAUUUCCACCAGAUAUAUAUUCAAAGAAGUCCCACCUCUUAAUGGAAAGAAAAUCCAAACUUUAAAAGCGGAGUACAAUGCCAUUCGUUCACUUUUUCAUCGAUCAGGACUUUCUUAUCAACAACAAGCUAUACUUCAAAGAAGUUUUCACACCUCAAGAAUUCAGAGGCAACAGCAAAAUGGAGAUAAGAAUAAGAAAAAUGAGAAUGAAAAUGAAAAAAUGUCAUCUCUAGUAGCAAAAGCAUUUUUAUGGAUGCUUACGGCUUAUCUAAUAGUUGCGACCAUUUCACUGCUUUUCCCUAAUAGUAAUAAUCCAGAAAUAGUACGUUAUGUCUCAUGGAAUGAAUUUUUACAUCAAAUGUUGGCUAAAGGUGAAGUUGAAGAGGUCAUUAUCAGGCCUGAUUUAGAAAUGGUUACAAUAUUGCUUCAUGAAGGUGCUGUAGUAAAAGGAAGAAGGACAGACCACAGUACAUUUCAUAUGAACAUUGUUGACAUGGCUAAAUUUGAAGAAAAGUUAAGGGAAGCAGAAAAGCAACUUGGUAUCAGCCCUGGAAAUGGCGUUCAUAUUGUUUAUGAAAGAGGAUCUGAUACUGCUGGAAAGCUUCUUGCCUCGAUUAUUGUAGCUAGUGUCAUCCUAUCACUACUUUCUCGGGCACGUACUGUGAAGAGUCCAUUAUCUAUGGACAGGUUUUCCCAGCUAAGCCGAGCUAAAUUCACUCUUAUCGAUCCUAUUGAUGGUCAAGGUAGAGGUGUGAGAUUUGCCGAUGUAGCAGGGUUGAAAGAAGUUAAAACAGAAGUCAUGGAGAUAGUGGACUAUUUAAAGCGGCCAGAAUAUUAUAAAGAGCUUGGAGCAAAGAUUCCAAAAGGAGCUUUACUUUUAGGGCCCCCUGGUUGUGGAAAGACUUUGUUGGCAAAAGCUGUAGCUACCGAAGCCAAAGUUCCAUUUUUAUCAAUGAAUGGGUCAGAAUUUAUUGAAAUGAUUGGUGGACUUGGUGCUGCUAGGGUUAGGGAUUUAUUCAAAGAAGGUAGAAAGCGUGCACCGUGUAUCAUAUAUAUUGAUGAAAUAGAUGCAAUGGGCAAGAAACGCAGCGGUGGCGUUGGUCCCAUGGAUAGUUCCACUGGUGAAGGAGAACAGACUUUGAAUCAGCUGUUGGUUGAAAUGGAUGGUAUGGCAUCAAAAGAAGGGGUACUCAUGCUUGCAUCUACUAAUCGAGCUGAUGUACUCGACAAAGCUCUGCUUAGACCAGGAAGAUUCGAUCGCCACAUUCUCAUUGAUUAUCCCACGUUAGAUGAAAGAAUUGAAAUUUUUGAUUAUCAUCUUAAGGGAAUUAGAUUGGAUCAUGAACCAAAGGUGUAUUCCAGAAGAUUGGCACAGCUCACACCAGGAUUCAGUGGUGCUGAUAUUGCGAAUGUUGUAAAUGAAGCAGCGCUUCAUGCGGCUAGAGACCUCAAAGCUACUGUUACACGGGCUGAUCUUGAAUAUGCAGUCGAGAGAGUCGUAGGUGGGACUGAAAAAAGAUCGACUGUUAUGCCCUUGGAAGAAAAAAAAGUUGUAGCUAUGCAUGAAUCUGGCCGAGCAUUGAUGAGUUGGUUAACACCAAGCGCCAGUGUACUUCUUAAAGUAACCAUAGUGCCUAGAACAAAUCUUUCUCUUGGAUUUUCCCAAUAUAGUCAUCAAGAACAAAAACUGUACUCAAAAGAGGAGUUAUUUGCAAAAAUGUGUAUGGCUCUUGGAGGUCGUGUUGCUGAAAUAAUUACUUUUAACCGAUCUUCUACUGGAGCUGAGAAGGAUUUAAAAAAAGUUACUGAUUUGGCUUAUGCAAUGGUACGCAGAUUCGGUAUGAGUGAGAAAAUUGGUCUGUUAUCAUACGUACCUCCAGGUGGAGAGUCCGAGGGAAAACGGCCAUACAGUAAACAGUUGGCAGGAAGGAUUGACCUUGAAGCUAGAACUCUUGUAUCCCGAGCAUUCAGAUUUACUGAAGAAAUUCUUUUGAAAAACAGGGAUAAACUGAAUACGAUGGCAGCAGAAUUACUUAAACGGGAAACGCUCAACUAUACAGACAUUGAAAAGCUUUUGGGACCUCCUGUUGGGAGUAAAAGGAAGUUUAUUGAGGUUCCAGAGUUUGAAGCAUCUCUCAAUAGCAUAAUAGAAUCUGAACAAGUUACAGAAGAUAGUAAAAACCAACAAACCAAUGCUCCGUAGUAAAAUUAGCAUUAUAAUUUAUUUAUAAAUAUUGAUAAUUGUAAAAAAACAAUAAAAAAAAAUGCCUUAAAUUUGUAUAUGUUAUAAAAUAAAUUGUAUUUAUUUAAAGUAGGAAAACAAAAAUGACUGUUAAAAUAUUUUUUCCUUUGGAUAUCUUCAUCGCUGGAAACUUCAUACCAGUUUUGUUAACAAAUUUUAAGCAGAUAGCGGAUUAUGCUCUUGAAUUAUUGAAAAGGUUAAAGUUAUCGAAUUUUGAAAUCAUUAUUAAAUAAUAAUUUUUGAAAAGUUUUAAUUAUUUGAAUUUUUGACGCAAUAUUUGAAAAUACUUGUCCUGUGGUUGUUCAUCAAUAUCUUAAUUGAUUUAUUCUCUUCACCUUGAAUGAAAAUUAUAUUGCCACUGUAGAAGUAACACACACACACUUAUAUAUUAUGUUUAAUUUUAUUUAUUAAAUUAAUUUGAAUUUUGUUAAACUAAUGUUGUCUUCAGAUUCAGUCGGAAAUUUUUCAUAAAUAGGUUUGCUUAUCAUAAUAUUAAAAAUUGAUAUAGGCAAUGUUGCUCCUAAAUGUCAAUGCUAAGCUAUUAUAUAACUAUUACAAAGAUUUACUGAAAUGAAUAUUUUGUCAAUCAUUGGACUAAAUGGUCAUUAUUGAACUAAACUCAAUUAAUCCAAUUAGGUAUCUUCCAGAGGACACUUCAAUACAGCUUGACUACACAUACUUGCAUAACUUACAAAGGAGUUUUGAUAUAAAUAACUUAAUUUUAUAGUCUGUAGUAGUAUAGACCCCUUUUUAUGGAAUUACAUUAACAUCCGCCUGAAACUUUGUGAAUAGCUUCAUCUCAUCGUAAUCUACAAAUAUUUUAUUCACGAAAACUCUUGAAAUUGGGAUGUUUUCAAUCUGGAGGGAGGCAAACUUUGUCUAUUUAAUAGGUACUGAAAACUUGUAAAUACCCAUUUGCUUUCUACUUUAAUGGUAAGAUAAUUUGAUUACAAAAUCGAGAAAAAAGGUGGCCUACAAAAAUAUUGGACUGUUUGUUCAAUAUAACCUCGUUAUUUUGAAAAUUUGGGAGUGUAGGUCAUGCUAAACGGCUCAAUAUUUUUGAAGGCCACCUUUUUUUAUCGAUUUUGUGGUCAAAUUAUCUUACGAUCCAAGAAGAAAACAAAUGGGUAUUUACGAGUUUUUAGUAGCUAAUUAAAUAGACUAAGUUUUCUCCCCUCCAGAUUGAAAAUACCUCAAUUACAAGAGUUUCGUAAAUAAAAUAGUUGUAGGUUACGAUGAGAUGAAACUAUUUAUGAAGUUUCAGGCAGACGUUAAUAAUUCGAUAAAAGGGAUUCCGUACCAUGGACUAUUAGAGCACCGAGUCACAUUUGAGCUAAUACAAAAUAUUUUCAUUUUGUGACAAUAUGAGCAUUGCUCAUAUCUAGUGUAUAUUUGUUUGGCUAUAAUAUAGCCAAUUUUAUUUAUAUAUGGAAUGUAGAUUAUAUUUACAUAUGGAACGUAGUUAUCUAAUAAUAAUGAUUUUAAUAACAUUAAUAUCAAUUUCUUUCAUUGGUAUGAUAUUUACAUAAUUAAGUAUGUGAACCGUCAUAAACCAAUGACUUCCUGUCCUUCAGUAUCCUUUAACAACACCUCACUUAUUCCUGUUGAACAAAUCCGUUACCUAGGACUCCGUCUGGACAAACGUCUAACUUGGAAUCCUUAUACCAGACUGAAACGACAAGAAACAGCUCGACGUUUCCGACUAUUUCAACACUUACUAGACAAACGCUCUAACCUUCCAAUCAAUUAUAAAAGACUCAUUUACAUGACUAUAAUAAGGCCUAUUUGGACUUACAGAGUUGAGCUAUGGGGCUCUACCAAACCUUCAAAUUCCUCUCGCAUACAAUCCAUAAUCCUUCCUAAAAUCCUCAAUGCUCCUUACUUUGUUACAAAUAAAAUUAUCAGUAAUGACCUUAAUGUUCCUUAUGUAUCAGAUUUGGCCCAAUCCAGAUAUCUGUCCUUCCAUAAUAAACUUCAUAACCAUCCCAACCCUCUUGUCUCUAACCUUGCUUCCUAUUCGAUUCCUAAUAACUCUCCAAGGCGUCUGAAAAGAAGAUGGCCACGUGAUCUUCUAAUAUAGACAUAUUAUUAGAGUGCUACCAAUGGGUAGUUUCUCAACAUGUGUUCCAUGUCAUUAUAUCCAUGUGCGAAUUUAGCAGAUGUAUUUUUUGUAUACAGUUGUAAAUAUCAUAUAAAUAAAUAAAUAAAAAAAAAAAAAGUAUGUGAACAAAUGAGUAGUGUUAAAAAACAAAACAUUGCUGAGAAUUCGUGAAUAGAAAUGGGUACAGAAUUCUAGCAAGAGGUAGCACAAAUCAUGAUUUACUAAAAGAAGAGGGUAUACAAAAAUGAAAUAUCUUAUCUCAUUUCUCUGUGGCGUCAUAAUGGAAAUCCUCUACGUAGGCAAGUUUAAAAUUUAUUUUCACCAAUUUUAAAGCCAUAGAGGUAUCUCAUGGGUGUUUUGAUUCAAAUAAAAAAAAUCACAUUAAAAACAGUUAUGAAGCCAUUGUUAUUAAAAUAUUAAAUAGGUGACAAAACUACUUUUAUUUAUUAUUUGAAUGAAACAUGAGAUCUUAUAUGUCAUUAAUGAAAUUUUAUGUUUUGUUUGAAUUAUCCUGAACAAGAGAAUUAUUGUUCUUAAAAAGGAAUAGCUUCUGUUAUGUACCACUCUGAGUUUAAAUUAUGAGUCUUCAUAUUAUUUCUUAAUUUAAAAUGGUCA